AUGGCCGAUGAGUUGACUUACUUCUCUGAGGAAGACGAGAUUGAGGAUGAUAGCGGAGAGGAAGCAGAAGUUGUUCCAAAAAUCCAACCGCUUGAGGGCGAUAGGGUUAUCCUAACUCGUGUCGAACCGAUAAAUGUGGCAAGGGUUGGAGGUCUUUCCAGCAGCACCCCCGACCACUACCUGCACCUGAGUCUUGGUCCAAUGAACUCGACAACUGCGGAGGACAUACCAAGUAACUAUGGUUUGACCGGUGAAAUGAAGCUAGAGCUUGGCUUGAAAUUCCUGAAUAAAGAAGCAGCAAUGCUUGCUAUUAAGAACUACAACAUCUAUCGAAGUGUAGAAUUCAAAGUAGUGGAGUCAAAUCAUACUCGGUACAUAUGUCGAUGUAAACUUUUUGGUGACCAAUGUUGUUGGAUGGUCAGGGUUGCGAAGACGAGGGCGUCCAGAUUUUGGGAAGUUCGAAAAUACCAGGGGCCUCACAACUGUUUGGCGUCUACGACGUUGCAAGAUCAUGCUCAACUUGAUUCAAAUGUCAUAUGUCAGCAUAUAUUCCCCAUGGUUCAGGCAGACGCGACCAUUUGCAUAAAGGUGUUGCAGGGAUCUGUGGAGUCGGCGUACGGAUACAAGGUGUCUUACAAGAAGGUUUGGCUAGCGAAGCAAAAGGCAAUAGCCAUAAUCUAUGGAGACUGGGAUGAUUCAUAUAACCAGCUACAGAGAUAUUUCAACGCGUUACAAACUUUCAUUCCAGGUACAAUUGUCGACCUUCAAACUCGACCAUACUACGUCGGCAACACGCUCGACUGCGACAGUGUCAUGUUUCAUCUAGUAUUCUGGUCAUCCCCAUUGUGUGUCGAGGCAUUCAAGCACUGCAAGCCCCUGGUCUCGGUUGACGGAACACACCUGUAUGGUAAGUACACGGAAACCUUGUUGAUGGGAAUAGCACAGGACGAAAACAACAACAUACUUCCGAUAGCUUUCGCGCUUUUGGAAAGGGAGAACACAGAUGCGUGGUACUUCUUUCUGACUAACUUAAGGAGACAUGUGGCUACUCAACCGGGAGUUCUACUGAUCUCUGACAGGCAUGCAUCUAUAAAGUCUGCGCUCGAGCGAAAUGGUUGUGGAUGUGAACACAAUGUUUACUAUGUCUGA